GCGUACGUUUCAAGAUCCACCUGAAACUCGCGUUGUAUCUUGAACCAAUAGCCAACAGGUGGUACGCGCUGUCUUUUAUACCUGUCAAGUAUCGUAUUGAUUAGAAGUGGCUAAAAUGUAUAAUUAAAGUGAAACUGUGAAUGUAGCUAUAAAAUCUAGCAAUGUGAUUAUGAAUUCGUUUUAAAAAUUUUUGAGAACUUAAAAAGUGUUGUUUUAUGUAUGACAUUUUUAGACUGGAUACAAAAAAAGUUGAUAUAGAACUGAUGCUCAUAAUGGAUAUGCAGACAUCGCCAAUUCUUAGCCAUGGGCUCGGGACACUCUCACAUCAGGUUCAACACCGUAUUAUACAUCAGCCGCAGAUUCUUCACAGUACCCAAGAACAGACACUGAAUACAAGCACAGGACAGCAUGAGCACGACCACCAGCAUUUGCAACACCAUCACAUUUCACAUCAACAACAUCAGGCCGUUUCACCGACAUUACACACUAUGCAGAGCACUUCGACAGGUGAUAGCCUGACCAUUGCUAUCAACCCCAAUCAAAAUCAGCAUGAUCAUCAACGUCAUGCCGGAAGUAACGUGUAUACCUCACCACAUAUGGAAAAUAAGUUAAAAGCAAACAAGUUUGACGAAUACUCGAACAGGAUAUUGGGCAAUAUUUCAGACACCACUACGCCGCCAUCUGCUAACAACUUUUUGUCACAAGCCCAAGGAGUAGAAUGGAUGACAGCCAUAAACGAUGGGCAAAACGGGGCAGAAGACUCGCAUAGUUCGCAAGGCAGUAUUUCUGGCGAUGGUCAUGGAGGCGUUAAUCAACUUGGAGGCGUAUUUGUUAACGGGCGCCCGCUGCCCGAUGUCGUUCGUCAGCGUAUUGUGGAGCUGGCGCACAAUGGUGUCCGCCCAUGUGACAUCUCACGCCAGUUACGCGUGAGUCACGGUUGUGUGUCUAAGAUACUAUCAAGAUAUUAUGAGACUGGUAGCUUUAAGGCCGGUGUUAUUGGCGGUUCCAAGCCAAAAGUUGCAACCCCACCGGUAGUGGAUGCAAUAGCCAAUUAUAAACGCGAAAACCCGACAAUGUUUGCUUGGGAAAUACGGGAUAGGCUUUUGGCAGAAGCUAUAUGCUCUCAGGAUAAUGUUCCCAGUGUUUCUUCUAUAAACCGAAUUGUAAGGAAUAAGGCCGCCGAGAAAGCCAAACAUGUCCAUCAUCAUCAGCAGCAUCAUGUGCCACAAAGUCUUGGUGGGGGACAUAUUGCUACAGAAAGUCUUGAUAGCAGCACAGGAACGAACAGCGAACAACCACAGGCACCUAGCGGAGGAACUAGCAAUAGCAGCGCUAAUUCCGCAAACAUUAUUGCUUCUGCGGCGGCGAUUGCACACGCAUCUUUACCGACGUCAGGCACUGAUUCUGUCCAAGUUCCAGUCGCUCAAGUCAACGCGAACAGCACUGAUACCAACAAUGGAAAUAUCAACUCAACGACUGAACAACGAACGACUGGAUAUAGUAUAAAUGGAAUUUUAGGUAUACAACAUGGACACCAUUCUCAUAACAACAACAAUAACAGCAGUAGCGUCAACAAUAACAACAAUACAGAUCCCAAUUGCAAACGCAAAAGAAACGAAUCUCAUGAUGAGAACCGUGACACAAAUAUUCAUUCCGAAGAAGAUGUGAAACGUCAACGCAUGGGAUACAAUAGCGAUCAACUUUACCCAAAUAUUUGGUCAGGGAAAUGGUGCAUUAAGGAUGAGCACAAACUUCUUGCAGAGCUUGGCAAUUUGACAACAAGUACUGGAAACUGCGCAGCCUCAUACUAUGAGGCUUCAAACGGAUUUUCAACAAACGCAAUAUCUGGAACAGGCCCAACACCAUGUGCUAGUGAUACGUCUAUGUUGUACGAUAGUAUUGCAACAAUUUCGCAAACUCAAAGCUCACUUUAUCCACCGACAAUCGGACCAUCUAUUGGAGGCAGUUCGCUUACACCUUUAGUGCCUAUAAGCAUGCAUGAUAUGAAGCUUAGUGCAAAUUCAAUACAGGAACAGACAAUCGCUCCUUUUUAUACAGCUCUAGCAUUUGACGGCAACUACUCAUCAAUGGCCAACUUGGAAAACGGCUCCACCUCAUCAGUGGAACCAGGAAUCAUUGCUGUUCAAGAAAGUUCUGAUCAGGCUAACCUUUGCCCGAUUAGUACUAGGAUUGAGCAAGACCACUCGGAAAGUAAUAGUAACCGUAUUAAGGAGUCCCAGACCAACAGUGAUGGAUGCAUAAAAGAGGAUAAUAAGGAAACUGAAAAUUCCAAUUUGGAAUCCAGUGAACAUAUUUCUUUGCCACACCUUCACCAUAUAACCGAAGAGCAAUUGAUACGAGGAAAUAGACGUCCUCAUUUAAAUGCAAUUACGCACACAUCUUCUCUAAUCCUUCUGCAACCGAAUGGAGGAACCUCGUCACUUAGUGUCAACCCGUCUGACGAUCGAUCAGACGUUGAACAGAAUCUUCGUAAUAAUGUAGGCCUUUACUCAACACCCACAGUGCUACCCAGUUUUAGUCACUACUCCGCAGGUUGUAGCUCAGUGGUACCCAGCACAGAUUACGCCUAUAACCCCGCCUAUACACAAUAUGGUGGUGCAUAUGGAUCCUAUAGUUAUGGAGCUGGGGGAGGCUUGAUAAACUCUUCCUACUACUACGAGAGCGGACAAGCUCAGACGGCACUAACACAAGACCUCCGUUCACCUUUAGCUGCAACACGAGCGAACUCUCUAGCAUCUGCUGCUUCACCAGGUAGCGGAAGUGCGUGCACAAAAUCCGAAUCCUCAGACAUUUUUCUUGUUUAAACUACAUUUAAAACAAGGGGAAAGUAGCGCAAAACAAACUUUCGAUAACACACCAAAAACCGGACAGAUUAAAAUACGCGUGAAUCACAUUUAUGCGCCCUAUUCAUAUAUACUCAAGUAUUUACUUCAUUAUUUAUUGAUUAGAUUAUUUUCUUUCUUUUCGAACUGUUUGAUUACUUUUUAAAGAGUUUUAAAUUAUUUUUAAAUGCAUUUGACUUUUUUUUUGUUUGUUGCAAUACCCCCAUUUGCUGUAAAACCACCACCAAUAUCUAAAAUCGACUAAAAUGUUUGAUCAAAUGAAAGUUAUAAUGGAAAGAAUCAAACAAUACCAAGUCUCAAAUAACCAAAAAUGUAUGAUCAAAUGAAAGUUCUAAUGGAAAGAUGGUUUAUAGUUUACAAUAUGUUAACGUUUGCAAUAAUAAUAAGAGAAGUAAACUACAACAUUGUUUAAAUGAUUCUUUGCUUUCCGUUUAAUAAUAAGAACGGGUUCUUGCAAUAAUUAGUAAGCAAAGAAAAAACUCGAACACAUAAUCUGAAAGUUAAUAAUUGUUUACAUAUUAACAGACUUAGUAAAUGACACAACUUUUUAUACAAAAUUGCAUUUAUUGAUAAACUUAAGUUAUAACUUAGGAGGCUUAAAAAUAUUUAACAAAAGGUAUUGGUCAUAACGACUUUCUUUUAAAGUAAUAAAAUAUAAAAAACUACUCACAAACAUACGAAACCAAAAUGUCCAUUAAUGCGAUAAUCAACCAAAAACAUUAAAAGAAAAGUUUUAAAAACUUUUAAAAUAUUUAUUUAAACUAAUUUUGUUCAAGCGGAAAAAAAACUCUAAAAAUUAAUGUAAAAAUGUAUAUAAUUAAAUUAGUUAUUUAAUUACAACUAAUUAGAUUAGCUUAUAAAUGCACCGAGUUUGAAAGUUUUUAAAUCUGUGCACAUAUUUUGCAAAGUGCAGCAAGAAAUUCUGAGUACUUCCGAAAACAUAUUGAGGUGCACUUUCCACCUAACAAGGUUGAGCAGUUAAAAUAAUUCAUACGGCGUUAAUCCACUGUAUUAAGAUUUAUUAAUUUAAAAUCGUACUUCCCUAUUUAAAGCUGCAAUUGAACUAUGAUUUUUGUGUAAUCCAUUAUUUUAGUUAUCGUAAAAUUUGAGAAUUUUUCAAUUUUAAUGACUAUUAUUUUGCAAUAUUUCUUUGAACUUAUGAACUUUGAGAUAGAAAACUUUGACUGUUUAAAUAGAAUAAUAAACUACACAGGCCAAAAGCAAUUUAUUAUUACUUACAAGCUAGUAGUACGUUUAUAAGAAGUGUUUGUAAGUGCGAGCAAUUGCAAUUACCUAUACUUACAAAUGGAAAAACACAAAAAUCAAUUGAUGUUUCAACCAGGGAAUAAAACGUAAUCAAAAAUGAACUCCGGUUCCGAUAUCAGUCCCGUAAUACUGAUUUGGUAAAAGAUUCCAAUUCGAUUUUAAAACCGAUUUCUAAUGCUACAGCAACCAAAUAUUUUAAUAAUUAUUUUACAAAUAUAUAUAUAAGUAACUUUUUAAUUACAUAGAAAAACAUAAAUAAAAUAUAUUAUUUGUAUGUAUAGUUGUACUUAUUUUUGCAAUCUUUUAAUUUACAGUUUAUCCAACGUAAUAAAAAAUAAACAAAAUUACACCGGUAUUAUUAUUAGAAACGCAUAAAAAUAAUCUUGAUAAAAAGGGCAAAUAGUUUACAUAAUAUUAAAAGUAUUAUUGCUAUUACUUUGUAAAUACAUAUUUUUUACAUUUCCUGUGAAAAUAUUUAUUUUGUAAAACAGUUAAACUUCUCCAUUAUUUAUUUUUCAAGCAGUUCUUAUGUUGCCUUCAGUCAAGUACUGAAUACCUUUAUUUUUUUAAAGAAAAUAUAAAUGUCUGCUGGCUUAUAAUGACAUACUUAUGUGUGAAUAGACUAAACCAGAACAAUUCCUAAUUGUAUUGUAAUUUGUAAUAUAAUAAAUAUAUCUAAAAUUCAUGUAAUAUUGUGUCGUGACAGAAACCUCAAGCAAAUAAUUUAAAACAUGUAGAAUUCAAUAAUUUUUCAAACUAAUUUUAAGCUUAUGUACUCUUAAAAAAUAUUCUAGGAAACUAGGAAAAAAAAUGUUUAAUGUAGCUGGAUUUGUAGAGCUAGGUAUUUAGGCUUAAGCCAGUUUUAAGUUACCGUUUAGAAUCAGAAAGCACAAACCAAAUACAUAAAUACGUUUAAAUUUAGAUAUAAAUAUGUGUGUAUCUUAAUAAAAUGAUAAAAGAA